CACUAAGAAAGCCGCCACCGAACGUCGUUCUAAAAAUCUUAUUAAAAUACAGAGCUCCACGUUCGAAUAUAAAAAUGGAAACAAUGACGAAUCCUUAUCCGAGAAAGAUGCACGACAAUUACGAGGAUGAAGAGGAAAGGAAACACUUUCAACGCAUCGUGUCGGCUUUCAAAUAUUACAAAAAUCACUCAUUAUUAAGGGUAAAAAGAACAGAGUCUUAUUUGUUAUCACUCCCAGCUCAUCAUCAGAAACUUCUGUCAAAAUAUAGGGAACAUUUGCAAGAAGUUAAAAGAUGUGUUGAGAACAAUGAUGAAAUAAUUAAACUCAUCAUAAAAGAUGUGGCCCAUAUUUUUGAAAAUGUGAGCCCAGCUAGUGCACAGACUGACAGUGUAAGAAAAAUUUACAUGACACUAAAUCCUCGUCCAAUAAUGGCUGAUCAGGAAAAGGUUCAAGCUACAAUUAAACAACUGGUCCGUGAUUGGAGCGUGGAAGGAACUGAAGAACGCACAGCAUGCUAUCAACCUAUUAUAGAUGAAAUCUUGAAUCAAUUUCCCUUAGAGUAUUGUACACCGUCGGAAGUGCAAGUACUAGUACCUGGAGCAGGUUUAGGGAGACUUGCAUAUGAAAUUGCGCGACGCGGUUAUACUUGCCAAGGAAAUGAAUUUUCUCUUUUUAUGCUUUUUGCAUCUCAUUUUGUAUUAAAUAAAUGUAGGGGAGUAAAUUCAUACCAAGUACAUCCUUGGGUACAUCAGUAUAUGAACAAUUUAAAGCCAGAACAUCAAACUCAAGCUGUAUUCUUUCCUGACGUAAAUCCUAGCGAUCUUCCGGAAAACGCGCAAUUUUCAAUGGCAGCGGGAGAUUUUCUAGAGGUUUAUACGGAGGACAAUCAUUGGGACUGUGUUGCAACAUGUUUUUUCAUAGAUUGUGCGAACAAUGUUGUACAGUUUAUCGAAACAAUCUAUAAAAUUCUGAAACCUGGGGGAGUAUGGAUAAAUCUUGGACCAUUACUGUAUCACUUUAGCGACAUGCCGAUGGAAGAUUCAAUAGAACCGAGUUAUGAUGUUGUUCGUAAUGUAAUUCAAGGAUUUGGCUUUCAAUUAGAAAAGGAAGAAACACACGUGAGAACGCGCUAUGCGCAAAAUGUUAACAGUAUGUUACAAUGUGAAUAUAAUAGCGUAUAUUUUGUUUGUCGAAAACCUAAAAGACGCAUAGAUCACGAUACGAGUCAUAGAAAUGGCUCUGAAAGUAACGGUAUACAAGAACAAGAAAAUUAACUAUCGACGACCUGAUCCGUUUAACGCGUAAGGAACAUUGAUAUAACUGUAAAUGCAUUACAUAAUAGUUUCAUAACUACGAAAGCAAAGCUGUUAUACUGUGUGAAUACAAGUCAAUAUUAGGCAAUUUAGAAAGGAAACGGAAAUCUUUAAAGACGUUUAACAACUAAAUUGAUAUUUUUUUAUCAAAAAUUUUAUUUCAUUAUAAGUAAUUAAAUAAAUUCGCUUUAUUGUGAACAAAUUG